AUGUCAAUAGAAGAUGAAGAAAAGACCGCUUUCAUCAUCGAUGAGGGAACAUUUUGCUAUAGUAAGAUGCCCUUUGGUCUCAAAAAUGCGGGGGCGACAUACCAAAGGUUUAUGAACACCUUGUUUAGGGAGCAAAGGGGAAGGAAUCUAGAGGUGUAUGUUGACGACAUUGUCAUCAAGAGUCUGACAGAAGCAGCCAUGAUAGACGACAUAGCUGAGACUCUCAACACAAUGCAGGAUGUAAAUAUGAAGCUGAACCCCGGGAAAUGCUGUUUCGGGGUAGAGGAAGGAAAUUUCCUGGGGGUGGUGGUAACUAAAGGAGGGAUAAAGGCAAACCCAGAGAAGACCCAGGCUGUGGCUGAAAUGCGCUCCCCCAGGUCCUUGAAGGACAUCCAGCAAUUAAACGGAAGGCUGAUUGCGCUAAAUCGUUUCUUAUCAAAAGUGGCUGACAAAACCCUCCCUUUUAUGAAGGUGUUAAAAGACUGCCUCCAGACCAACAAAUUCAACUGGACCACCGAGGCCGAAACCGCCUUUCAGGAAAUAGAGACCUACAUCUGCAAGCUCCCAGCGUUAGCCACCCCGGUGCCCGGGGACCCACUGCUCCUUUACCUAUCUGCCUCUAAGACGACCAUAAGCGCGGUUAUGAUGGUGGAACGGGAGGGGAAACAGAUCCCCAUAUAUUUCAUCAGCAGAACACUUAAGGGGCCCGAGGAGCGGUACAUGCCUUUAGAAAAGCUUGCGUUGGCCCUGGUUUUUGCAUCUCGAAGGCUCAGAAGGUACUUCCAAGGGCAUAAGGUCACCUUGGGACAAAUACUGGCUGACUUCCUAGCAGAAGUACCUGAGGACGAAGAGAGGGAAUUACUAAGGUGGGAGGCUUUGGAGGAAGAAGAAAAGAGAAGGGAAGACGAGGCUGUCUGGAAGUUGUUCACGGAUGGAGCAUCCAGUGAAGAAGGGAACGGUGCAGGCAUCACGUUGAUAAGCCCCGAGGGGGUUGAGCUGACAUAUGCUAUAAGGCUGGAUUUCGAAAACACCAACAAUACCGCCGAGUAUGAAGCCCUCUUAGCAGGGAUGAGAUUGGCACAGAAGAUGAAAGCAAAACACGUGGAGGCUAGUACCGAUUCACAGUUGGUGGUAAAGCAGUAUCAGGGGGAAUAUGAAGCCAAGGAUGGCGUCAUGGCUCGGUAUGUGGCGAAAGUUAAGGAAACAGCUAAGGCGUUCGGAACCUUCAAACUGGAAUACAUCCCCCGAGGGAGGAACAGGAAAUCUGAUGCACUGAGCAAGCUAGCUUCAGUGGCAUUCGAUCACCUCGCGAAGGAAGUCAAAGUAGAGGUCCUGACAUCCCCCUCCCUGGACGUAACGGAAGUGGCCACAAUCGAAGGUUCCCAAGAAACAUGGAUGACUCCAAUCAUUAAAUUCCUCCGGGACGGGACCUUACCCGAGGGGGAAUGGGCGGCCAGAAAGAUAAGGGUCAAAGCCCUACAAUAUGAGCUGAUUGGGGAGGAGCUAUACCGAAGAUCAUAUCUGGGUCCGUCCCUAAAGUGCAAAGAUAUGGAAGAGGCCGAAUGCGUGAUUAGGGAAAUGCACGAGGGAAUCUGUGGAAUGCACUCAGGACCAAGAACGGUUGUAAGAAGGGCAAUGAACGCAGGAUUCUACUGGCCGCGAAUGUACGAGACGACAUCUGAAGAAAUCAAGAAGUGUGAUAACUGCCAAGUACAUGCACCAAUGACCCACCAGCAUAAACACCCUAUGGUCCCGGUCUCGACAUCUUGGCCAUUCCAAAAAUGGGCCAUCGACAUAAUCGGGCCUUUUCCAGAAGGCCCCGGGGGGGUCAAAUACGUGGUGGUGGCCAUUGAUUAUUUCACUAAGUGGAUCGAAGCGAAGCCCCUGGCGAAGAUCACCGGAGAUCAGAUGAGACGGUUCGUGCUGGAUAACAUCGUGUGCAGGUAUGGGGUCCCGAAGGAACUGGUGAGUGACAACGGGGUGUAA